CCGAUCGAAAUAAUUGGGCACGAAGACGAAGGAAACCGAUAUAAAGGGCCGAACGAACUCAAUCCAAAAGUCUAGAUUCGACAUUCCUUGCACUCGUCUGCUUGGAUUUAAUCUCACGAAGUAGAAGGCUCGUUUCCAAACACUUGGCUAAAGAAACCGACCGUCGAGCUGAAGAGCGUAAGCUAAGCCAGUCGAUGGCCAUAACCAGCAACGCAGUCGCUCCCUCUCCCUCUGAUGGUCAAAGCGCCAAUGGACAUGGUCAAUGAGAUUUUACAAAAAGUCAAUCCACCUUUAUCCACAGAGAUACGGAGGCGACAGCAUGCAAGCAGCAGAUUAUGACAGAGGAGGGGGGCCCGAGUUCCCCCAGCUCCCGAAGAGAUAGAUGAUAGCCAUGGAGUGAAGAAGAUUGGAAGGGGGCCCGAAGAAAGGUGAAGGAGUUCAUCUGGCUUUGAGUCAUCCGCACGCAGGGGACCCACUGACUCCCUCCGCGAGCCUUGAACCCAAAACCUUCGAAGCCUCGAGCUCGUUGAGUGCCGGGGGAAGGCUUCGGGUAUGGCUAGUUUGAAAUAAUCUCGAAGCACGGCUUCGCGGGUGCGCAAUUUUGAUUCGGCCGGAGGAUUGGCCUUCUUGAAAUCGGACUGCAUUCUACUUCAGUCCGAGGGAAUUGUCGCGCGUGGAGUCGGAACCGCACCGAUUUCUGACAAGAGUCGGGAAUGGAGGAAACCUGCUAGGGCUAGGGUUUUUGGCUCUUCGGGAGCUGGUACAGAGUGGACUCGGAAUCGACAUUGUUGGCUGAAGCGACCUCGAUUUGAUUUGCUCUUCGCGAGAAAUGGAAACUCUUUUCGUCACCAAGCCUGUGAUCGGAUUUAGCUCGCAUUCGGAUUUUAGGUGUGUACAUUACGACGGGAUCAAAUUGUCCUCCGGUAGGAUAGCAGGAAGAGUAGAGGUCAGCAGGUCAACUGGAGUGGAGGUCAAGGCGACAGGGAGGAAGAGCGGUGGAAUCGGAAGCGGUAGAAGGCGUAGAGGUAUGAAUCGGAAGGAUACGAUGCAGGCCGAGACAGAUACCACAUUGCCGUUUUUGGAGCCUCACAUCAGGGUGCACAAAGAGGAGGGUCAUCAGGUUUUAGUGGAUGUCGAGUAUCUGCUGCUGAGAGCACCCAAUCCGUUUGGUCUUGUGCUGGAGAUUUCGGAGGAAGCGAACGAGUUUCUGCGCAACAACAAGGAAGAUAGUCUGCAGAGAAAGCCGGUGUUGAAAAUGAUCAGUGAUAGGAUUAACGAAGCUGCUGGAGAACAGCUAACUGAUUCAUACAUUGAGGAUCAACCAGACAACGAGAAGUAUGAAUUGUAGGACGUUUUGAUUGAGGACAGAUUUAUUCGAGGAUUCUUUGGGUCACUCCCUCUAGACCCUUAUCUGGAGAAUGACAUAUCCCUUCAUUCUGGUCCGUUCAUUCUUCUUUAGCUUAAGUCCAAUACCGCAAUUGAAUAUAGGGAUAGGAGGCUCCGGUCCCACGUCGAGUCUCCAGUGGAGAAACUCUUCGAGGUACCCUCAUGUACUUGAUAAUACAAAGAGCAGAUUAUCGUUCAUGAAAAAAAGUAUCGAUAGCCGUAGCAUUCGAUCAAAAUGCUUCAUUUCGUCUCUUCUCUUUUGUCUGUGAGCCAUUUUCCACUAUUUCUAGUUAGCAUGUGCCCAAGUAACAGUCAGGUUGGCCCAGCUUCGGACCUCUAGUUUGGGAAAACUAUCUUACUGCGUGCAGUAUAAGAAGAACACGUCCUAAACUUUGUGUCGCAGGAUGUGGUGUACGGAGAUGAGAUCCUCCAUUGGACUCCGUGUCCGAUCUAACAUCGGGUUGUGAAUAGCAACUCGAAUUAUCUUGGAAAUGUAAUUGAGAUCCGAAUACGAUGGAUCCCUGCAGUGUUAACG